UCUUGGAGUGCAACAUGCCAUGUCCACAUGGAUCCAUGAAGAGGCAUUCUUAGGGCGUAUUAGGGCGUGCUCACACUGGCACUUGACGUAUCUGGUCACAAUCACAACCCGUCGAGAUGUAUCUGUAGGGCGUGCUCACACUGGCACUUGAUGUAUCUGGUCACUAUCACAACCCGUCGAGAUGUAUCUGACUGCAAUCACAGCCACAAUUGCAAGCCCACCACGCAUGUAUCAUGUGCACAUGGAUACCUGUGAAGAUGCAUGAAGAGGCAUGUCAGCAUUGCCAUGCCCACGUGAAUCCAUGGAGACUCAUUGGACAGGCGGUAUGAGGAGGCAUUUCUUAGAGAUGCGGAGUGAACUCAUACUAGCAAUUUCCUUGACGUAUCUGGCCACAAUAACGACCUGCACGGAUGUAUCUGACCGCAACCACAGCGACAAUUACAACCUCCUAUGGAUGUCUCAUGCCCACAUGGAUAUGUGAAGCUCCAUGAAGAGGCAUGUCACCAUUGUUAGGGGAACGUGGAGAUUGCACUUGCACCUUGCCUUGUCAGAUCGCUGUAAUGCGGGGAGAAAGAAAACGAUGAUGUAUCUGGCAGCAAUUGCGACCCACCACAGAUCUAUGCGACGGCUAUUACGGCCACAAUUCCGACCCGUCACAGAAGUCUCAUGUCCACAUGGGUCACUGAAGAGGCAUGAAGAGGCACGUCAGCGUUGUUGGGAGAACGAGAACGUUUGUCAGGGGAACGAGGACGUUGCAGUUGCUUUUGCUUUGCCAGGUCACCUGUGGAGGAAGAACGAAAAUGAGGAGGUCUUGGGACAAAGGGAAGAUCCUCCCUAUUAGGCUGGACAUGAGCGGUGCAAUUCUCGCAUGCCCGGUAGUUGUCGUCCACGUUCUCAAAAACUGGCAGGAGAGCUACGAGGCUUGCCUGCUGACCACUUCUAGUCGCUGGCUGCAGUGUCAGAUACACCUGGAAAAGUCCCAUUUGCAUAUAAUGCCCUCGAGCAAGUCGGGGUUGGCAUUGGAGGGAGGUGAAGGCCAUGCACAGGUGUUUCCCGCGUCCGUUGGAGCAGUGGAGGCUGUGCUGCAGUCCCUGUCUAAUCGGCCAUUAGAUCUUCAAGAGUGCCAAGACAGGGGUGCCCACAAACAGAAGGCAGGCGAUAUCAAGCAGAGGGGUGGAGGUCAUGCACAGGUCUUUCUAGCGUUCGUCAGAGCAGUGGAGGCUGUGCUGCAGCCCGUCUAAUCGGCCAUUAGUUCUUCAAGAGUGCCGCUGAGACAGGGGUGCCCACAAGCAGAAGCCAGGGGACAUCGAGCAGGGGUGUGGAGGCCAUGCAUAUCUCUUUCCAGCGUUCGUCGGAGCAGUGGAGACUGUGCUGCAGCUCCUCCCUAGUCAGCCAUUAGAUCUUCAAGAGUACCAAGACAGGGGUGCCCACAACCAGAAGGCAGGCGAUAUUGAGCAUAGGGGUGGAGGCCAUGCACAGGUGUUUCUACCGUACAUGGAGGCUGUGCUACAGCUUCUGUCUAGCCAGCCAUUAGAUCUUCAAGAGUACUAAGACAGCGGUGCCCCCAACCAGAAGGCAGGCGAUAUCGAGCAGAGGGGUGGAUGUUUCUGCCGUUCAUCGGAGCAGUGGAGGCUGUGCUGCAGCUCCUGUCUAGUCGGCCAUUAGAUCAUCAAGAGUGCCAAGAUAGAUGCCGGAAUGGAGGAGAUUCUUGUUCUUUCCGAAUGCUUCCCUUAAGUUCCCUUCUUCAGCGCUUAUUAUGAAUACUUUACACUGAUUUUUACAUUUUUUCCAGUCCCCCAAUCGUUUACGCUGCGGUUCAUAAUAAGCCACACCUGCUUCCAUGAGCUUACUUGAAUAACAGACAGAGUGGUAGUUAGGUGGAUGUCAUGACAACAUCGUGAAACCUGGUUGCAGUCUGCAACUGAGCCAGUCCAAGGUUGAACCUGCUCCUGGAUUCCAGACCUGGAACAUUUGGUAUUCCUGUCUACGAAAUGGCCCAAUCAAGUGGGCGAUCCCAACGGAUUCAGCAACGCCAAAGGCGGCCACAACAGGUCCAGAAGUGCAGAGCAGACUUGUUUUCUAGGUUUGUGCGCAGAUUAGAACACAAGCUGGUCCACAGGUUGGACCACUGUUUUGAACGCAGGUUGGAACGCAGGCUAGGUGCACAUCUUUUGUGCACAGGUUUCAUGGGCAACUCUGAGCAAAGAUUGGAACACAGGCUGGUCCACAGGUGGGACCACUGGUUGGCACUCGGAUUGCUGCGCGGGUUGGAAUGCAGGUUGGGUGCACUACUUUUGUGCACAGGUUUGAUGCGCAGGUUUGAGCGAAGAUUGGAACACCGACCGGUGCACAGGUUGGACCCACUGUCUGGACCUCAGGUUGAUGCGAGGGUUGGAACGCAGGUUGGGUGCACAGCUUUUCCCGUCAGGUUCAUGGGCAGGUUUGAACAAAGAUUGGAACACAGGCUGGUCCACAGGUUGGACCACUGUUUGGAACUCAGGUUGCUGCACUGGUUGGAAUGCAGGUUGGGUGCACUGCUUUUGUGCACAGGUUUGAUGUGCCGGUUUGAGCGAAGAUUGGACCAUCGGCCGGGUGCACUGCUUUUGUGCACAGGUUUGAUGUGCCGGUUUGAGGGAAGAUUGGACCAUCGGCCGGUGCACAGGUUGGACCACUGUCUGGACCUCAGGUUGCUGCACGGGUUGGAAUGCAGGUUGGGUGCACUGCUUUUGUGCACCGGUUUGAUGUGCAUGUUGAAGCAAAGAUCGGAACACAGACCUGUGCACAGGUUGGACCACUGUUUGGAACUCAGCAGGUUUGGAACUGAGAAGGUUCGAAGCACAGCUAUUGUGCACAGGUUUGAUCCGCAGGUUUCGUCUACAGGUUUGGUUCAGAGGUAAGGAGUGUAGUUUGAAAUGGAGAUUCUUGCAUACCUUUGAUACAAAGGUUUAAAGUUUAAACCGGAGGUUUGGGGCAUAUGUUGGAGCAUAAGUUGGACUCACCAAUCUUCUUUUGGGGUAAGGGUGACGAUCGAUGUUCCCCUCUUGUUCUUUUUUCUAUCUGCCCCUUGGGUAUAGGGACCUAAGGCAGAAGAAGUUGCGGUACAGGUUGGGCCCGUAUCUCUUCCCCGGAUUUCAAUUUGGCACUCGGGAACUUCACAGACUGGUGGACCAGUGGGCUUCCUGAUGGUCUAUCUUAGACCGGUGGGCUUGCUGGUUAACAAACUCCAGAGAAUCAUGUAGGAGGUGGUCUAUCGUUAGACUGGUGGGCUUGCUGGGUGACAAAAACAAAGCACCCAUGAAUGGAUCGACUUCCUGGUUGAUAAGCUUUCAACCGAAAGGCUUCGUGCUUGACGAACUUCAGACCGGAGCGUGAACCAGUUGGAUUCCUGGUGGUUUAUCGUAGACCAGUCAGCUUGCUGGUUAACAAACUCCAGAGCAAUCAUGUUCCUGGUGGUCUAUCUUUAGACUGGUGUGCUUGCUGGGUGACGAAGCGUGAACCGAUCGACUUCCUGGUUGAUGUGCAUUGCACCGAAAGGCUUCCUGCUUGACGAACUUUGGACCAAUAUGUUCCUGGUUGAGGGGGCUUGAACCAAUGUUAUUUCUGGUUAACUGGGUUUGAACCAAUGUUAUUUCUGGUUAACUGGGUUUGAACCAAUGUCAUUCCUGGUUAACAUACUUUGAACAUAUGUUAUUCAUGGUUGACUGAACAUGGCCUCAAAACGAUAGUGGAAGACUGGAUCGGACUGAUGGAUAGAUGGAACAGAAUCGGGAGGAUUCAAGCUUGUCCGAUUAAAUGAAAGGAGUCGUUCUGUUAGUUAGCGGACCCAGGCCUGAUUUUUGUCAGGCCAAAGUAGUAGAUUGGCAACAGGAGGAGCAGGGGAUGUGUCCCUCCCUUGAUCUUGCAUCUUCUAUGUUCUUAUAUAUAUAUAUAUAUAUAUAUAUAUAUAUAUAUAUAUAUACAUGUAUAUAUAUAUCGUGACAUAAGAACGAUACUUCUCGCAAAUGCAAGCUCCCCAGAAGAUUUUUUCUGGCUACGACACACUUGCGAAGGUGGCGUACUCCUACGCGGCAACUACCGCUCCGUCGAUUUUCUCUCUCUCUAAACUCUCCCAUGCGUGAACCGGUAGCACACGGACUAUUCUGCGUGUUUCGUCCCGUCGGACUCAUCAGUGGCCAGACACGCACUGCAAAUGUCACAGAAGGUCGUUCCGAUGAACAGUGAAGAGAUAAGGUCGGGUACUGUGGUUUUCACCCACGGGAGCCGCUGGUGUAUAUCGUCAAUCAGAACUGCUCGGUAAACCGUAGGCAGAGAGGGAGAAGAGGACAACAGACGAGGGGCUGCGACAAACUGUUUUGUCGGAGUUUCACCGACUCGUCAGGAGGCUGGACCCUCAACAGUCUGCAGAAUCCCCUAACUGAUUCCAUUGUAAGUGAUAAUCCACCUUAACCCCGGUCGUGGUUAAGCAUCAACAACUGCCCUACAACUGAUAUAUCAAAUGGCGAAUGGUGAAUGGCAAAUGUCGAUUGCUGCUGGUAAUGUCAGUGGUCACAGCGCGCCCUUGAUCGUUGACUGCCUCUGUCGUGGGAUCGGGACAGAAAUCGGUCUGCAAUGCCACUCUUCAUGCAUCCUACGGUUUGGCAUGCAUAAUGUGCCCCAAUCCAACCAACGGGGCCGGGCUGGAACAGGGUGGAUGCAUGUCGACUUGUGGUAAAAAGAAAUAUUACAAGAGACCAGAGAACACCUUGCGUUUGCAUGUCAGCAUCAUAUUGGUCGCGCCCGCUCUUGGUCUGUGGGGCCCACUGUAUGACCGCAGUAAUGCCGGAACCACUGGUGUUGUCCCAGCUUUUGGUACUCGUGGAUACCAAUCCGCAUCUGUGUCUUGGGUCAUUGAGAAAUUGUAGCCAAGACACAACGAAGCUACCACACGCAGACCUGGAGUGAUCACCACCACACAGCGGCAACCCGUGCAGAUUCUCAAUGUGUCAAUCAGACAUCUGGAGUCUCUAAUUAAUUGUGAUGCGAGGGCUGCACAGGCAAGAACUGGUGAGGCCUGACGACACAUGGAAAGGAUGCAGAGUGCUUUGAGGGAUGGAACCAAUCCCAUGUAGCCGAGACUGGGCCCAUUCAAUGCGCAUUGUGCGGAGUAUGAAUGAAUGUGGUCAUGUGCAGCAUCACGAAGCCCAGAGGGGAUGGUUCAUGCAGCAGCAGAAGCAAGAGGCACAAUUCGCACAUAACAUAUUGAGAAAACGGCAAAAGAGAGAGAGAGAGAGAGAGAGGUUCAAAUUAUGUAACUAGUGGCAGAAGGUUCUGGCACAGAGGAGACGGGAGAGAGAGGUUCAAAUUAUGUAACUAGUGGCAGAAGGUUCUGGCACAGAGGAGACGGGAGACGAGGGCCACUCAUGCUUGAGUCUCAAGUAUUCAGAGGCAUGUGCCAUCCUGCUGAAGGGAGGGAAUAGGUCUUCAAGGAUUGGGAGGUUUCUACCACCCAACUCGUGGGAUGGGGUAUUUUGUUCUGCAACUGUUUUUGUUUAUUCUUUGUUUGUUCAUUGAAGUCUGGGAGAGUCCAGUCAGCGCAAAGGAACCGAGAUUAGUCCGAAUAGGGUCGUACUAUUUUAUUUCAUUACUUUCAGGUUGUGUAAAAUAAGGAGGAUAGAUACUACAAAGGAGCAUCUUUGUACAUAGUUGCAGCAUGAGCUGUCCUAUGAGCUGCCACUGAUCCAAGCACACGGUUGUAAAUGAUAACCCAAGUGCUGCGGCAGAAGGCAAUGGCGAAAAUUCCGAACAAAGUAGGCAACCAAUC